AUCAGUGGACACAUUAGUCAGUUUCACUAUGAGAAUCUUGGUCGCUUUCAUCUCUGCUGCUUUUCCCCUUGUUCUGAAUUACAGCAUCACUCAGGACGAGGAGAAGGGAAAACCCGCUUUGUAUCCAGAAAACGUUUGUGGAGGAGGACAGGGGAGAUGGAUGAUGGAGACUUACAGGCGUUAAUUCCUCUUGCACAUUCCAGCAUGGUGUUGGGAAAGGAUUUACUCUACUGUAUUUGAUUUCCCCUUCUGCUUUGUUGGGAGAAGAAAUCUCAAAGAAGAUGCCUUUGGUGCUGUGGGCUCUUUGCCUUGGUGUCCUGGAUACAGUCCUUUGCAGUUACUCAGAAGACCAGUGCAGCUGGCGGGGGAGUGGCCUCUCCCAGGAGUUGGGCAGUGUGGAGCAGAUCUCAUUACACUGUGCAGAGGGCUCCCUGGAGUGGCUGUACCCAACAGGGGCCUUACGCCUCAGCCUCUCCCCCCGCCUCCCCACAGGUACAGCAGGCAAAGGGAAGAGCCCCAGGGAAGUCACCACCUGUAUCAAGCCCUCCAGCACCUUCCGGGGAGCUCAAAUCUACCUGGAAAGGGAUGGGAUUCUGGAGCUGCUGUUGUCUGAGGCAGAUGCCUCCCUCCGCCCCAGGGUACGCUGCUUCAACUGGCUGCCCAAGGAGAAAGUGGCCCUGUUCCUUCAGUCUACCCUGCACCAAGACAUCAGCCGGCGGAUCGCCGCCUUCCGCUACGAGCUCCGGGGCGACUGGAACUCCCGCCUCUCACUGCCCUCCAGCAACCUCAGCAUGGAAGGGGUAUGCCGGCCAUGUAACAACACCGAGAUCCUGAUGGCCAUUUGCACUAGUGACUUUGUUGUUCGUGGCAACAUCCGGAGCGUCUCCAAUGACAUCGAGCUGCAGGAAUCCAUCAUCAGUGUGAGCGCCACCCGCAUCCACCGCCAGAAAUUCACCUUGUUCCAGCCCAUCGGCAAAUAUGGCAAAUCCACAGGCAACAUCCACACCCUGCUGCGGUGUGGAGUGAAACCAGGACCAGGCAGCUUCCUCUUCACAGGUUGGCUGCACUUUGGGGAGGCAUGGCUCAGCUGUGCUCCCCGCUACAAGGACUUCCGGCGCAUCUAUGAAGAUGCUCAUCAAGCUCACGAGAACCCCUGUGAGUUCCCAUUGGACUGAAUGGGAUCAGGGAAGCUAAAAGGGGUUCAGCCCAACUCUUGGAGAUGGAGAUUACUAGCUGCUGCUGCAGCAGCAGCAGCAGCAUCACAAAGAGUUCAGAGGGGUACCAAGAGCUCUACCUAGCCCUUACAGACCUGCGUUGGUCCCUUUCUUGCUUCACUGGCUCCAUAAUGAAGAACAUUAUGAUAAAGCACCUGGAGAACUAACAGGAAUUUGGACCACAGGCAAAAAAUCACCAGACUGCUGAUUGCGAUGUGGCAAAUACUGACUAAUGUAAAGGGAAGCAACCUUUCCAGUGCUGGGCAACAGUAACAUAAUACAGGUCUUGUUCAGGGAAAUAAGUCCACUUACCGAGACCCCCAGCAGCUUGAUAGGACAAAAACAACAGUGAAACGAACCAGUGUCUCUACACUGGGGAAUACACAGUGGCCCUGGAGGAUGCAUCAUCCUCACUAUUUCAGAAUUCAUUGCCAGGUGACCAGCAGCUUUGGGGAAGCCUUGGAUUCUUCUGCUGUAGAACAAAGUUGUGAUGUACCAUGACUGUUCAGACAAAGCAGGGGGGCAGGCCAAGCGACCAGAUGAGUUGACAGCACAUUAGAACUGGAAACUGUUACAUGAGCAACUCUGCUUCUCAUUUUGCACCGAAAAACACCCACAUGUUGUGGAAAAGGCUUUGGAAAAACUGGCCAAUGUCAGAAGAGUCUCUCUGGGAAAAUAUUGCUCAAAGAAAAGGGCCUUUUCUAUAUGCACUUGGUUUCACUCUAGGACCUGAUUCAGCAAAGUUCUUGAGUACAUGCUUUAGGUCUUGUUGACUAGAGCCCAGAGCAUUAAAGAUAUUUAAGCACCCAAACUCCAAGGAAAUCAGUGGGAGUUGGAUGCUUAAAUACCAUUGAGGAUGUAGGCCUUUGUGGAAUCAGGGCCAGCAUGGCCUGACAAAAUUUGGUUCUGAAGUUGCCCUGCUCCCUGUCCUUCCGUCAGACAGGCUCGGCUCUCUCUAGAAAGGGGAGGGAGACCCGGCCAGUUAGUAGCCUCCGUGUUUACAUUCCAUUUUCUAUUUGUUUGUUAGAAGUGUUAAGAAAUUGCUUUGUAUGCAGCAGGGAAGCUUGUUCUUUGGUGGGAAGGUGGGAGAUGUGGUGUCAGGGGCUAUCUGGUAGCUGGGCUUCUGAGAGCCUGAAUCAUUUAGGAAGUAAACAAAUCAUAGCUGGAAGAUAUGGCAAUCCCUUGCUCUGGAAUGAGCUGCCAAAGGGUGAUUGAUGAAGUUCACAAAGGUGCCUUGUGUUUACCAUCCUGGCUAGAAUCUACUUUCAUUUUCACUUGGAUAAAUCAGGAGUUACCCUACUGAGUUCAAGCUACACCCGUUUUAUACCAGUAAGCUCAGUGUUGUUCUUCCAGCCUGCUUUCGAAACCUCACAGGUGAAGCUUCUCAUUCCCAUCCCUGAAACCUGGCAUUGUCCCCAACUUGUCAGCACCCAAACCAGAGAAUCAUGAAAAACAAUUUAUAGAAAACUUUAAAGUAGAGAUGGGUCCAUGCUGUGUUUACUUCUAAACUUUGCCAGAGCUGUGUUUUGGAUCCCAGUCCACAGUUCUGGUUUUAAUGCAGAAACAGGCCUACCCCACUAUGGCUCUGGAUCCAGAGUCCAUGUUCUGCCUGGUAUUGGGUGGCCUUGGAUCUUGUGUUCCAGUUUGGUGCCAUCUUUGCUGUACAGAACAUGAGCCUACAUUGUCAUCACUUUUUGUAGUUUCUAUGUCCUGUGCUGGCUGGAAAAGAGGGCUGGAAAAGAGUCCAUAUCAAAUUCAGUCUGAAGUGGUCCAAAAGGCAGUCCAGUGCAGGUUCUGUGUACAGCAGUGAUGUCUCACUAGGAAAACCUUCGCUAAUGCAUUUUAAUGUUCUCCUUAAAAUGAAGGUUUGCGUAGACUGGAAUUUGAAGAACAAGCCUUUAUAUAACAGAUGUCAAUACUAAUGGCAACUACAGAGGCCAGGGCAGCAGGAGUAGAUGUGAAUGGAAAACACCUUGGAUAUUUGUUCUGUAGCUUGUGCAUUUCUGGUGGAGUGGAAUCACAACCCACUACAGACGUGUGGUAGUGCCAACCAUCUGUAUAUUUCUAGGAGAGGGUCUUGUAAUGUUGUGGUAAGAAGGAAAGUGCCCUUUAGGAGAAUCUGUAAGUGGAGAGUUGGGGGGUAGUGUGGAAUUGGUCCCUAAUCUGUCACUGGCUAGGCAAAAUAAGGAGGCUGCUGAUGGAAACAUUCAGGGAGGAGAAUGAAAGGUCCUAGAGGAGAUGAGCUGCUCCUUUCUGAUGUCACUGGCAAACAGAAGACAGGACUAUAGACCAAGGGAGAAGAUGCUCCAUGAGACAACUGGAGCCCAGCGAACAUCAAAGAACAGCUUGAAUAUUGGAGUGCAAGGGGCAGCUGUAGGUGGUUUUACAAUUUUAACUUGAUGUUUCCACUUUGGGGUGGCUCAGUAAUUGUAGAACUGGAAGUCUGAGUGAAGGGAAGAGAGAAGGGAUAGGGACUCAGAGAAUUUUGGGAAGGAGAAAGUUGGUCACACCAGUAAAACAUCUGCAAACUCCUAGUUUCACAUGGGAAUUCAUGCUAGAGCCCAGGGAUUUUAGGUCUUGUCUACUCCACAACUUCCAGUCAAGUUUGUAACCCAUUAAGAGGCAUGACUGACCAUAACCACUGCUUGCAUCUACAUAAAGAGCACUAUAACAUCUCAGUAAUUGUGGCAGCUAACUAGGGAUGGCCCUGUCAGAGGUCCAGCCUGGAACAUGGAUGUCUUCCUGUGACUAGUUCAGAACAUGCUUUUGCUGGGCAGUAGGACAUUCAGACAACACUUGUCUUCUGCUGUAGCUUGUCCUUUAUGCUAAUCCCAGCUAAGAUUACAUGGGACAUUUGUGUAUGUUCCCACAAUGCAUGCACCAGCACGUGGUGGGGGUGGAUACACAAACUUCUCUCCCACCAUCACAUUGUAAAAAGGUUUUCAGCUUGCAGACAGAUCAACCAUGUUUGUGAUAAACUGGUUAGAUGAGGCAGGUUACAAGUCCAUAGCUUCCCUUAUAGUGUGGAUGGGACCUUUGGCUGGUGAAUGAUGGCUCACAUGAUUCUUUCCCACCUCCUACCUGAAGCUACUUAAUUUGGGGGGAGGGGAGAAUUUUUGACGAUGGGGGUGGGGACGUCAUAUGUGCACUAAAGAUAUAACGAUACCAAAUUUGUGAUUUUUUUUAUAAACUAAACUUUAUUUGUAAUGUGUGUUCAUUUUUUUUUUUUUUAAAGAAAAGAAAAAAAUUUGAAAUGUUAAUAUAAAGUGCAUCUCCACAGCUAUCCAAACACUGCCAGGCAUGGUUAGCAGUUGCCAUUCUGUAGCGUUUAGUCAAUGGCUGUGAGAAUGUUUAUAAUUUUUUAAAAUAGUUUUUGUAUAUAUCAUAUCUGUUUACAAAGUCAGGAAUGAAGCCCUGAGUCUGUCUAGUUUAUAACAACAGGAUUUCAUUUUGGUUUGAAAGAAACAAUGGUAUUUGCUUUUUGUGGGUUUGACAAGUUGUAUAAAAACAGUAUUUCUAGCAA